AAAUAUUUUACUAUUAUACUCGACUGCACUUCUGACAUUAGUCACCAAGAACAAAUGUCAUUGACAAUUAGAUAUGUGGCUGAUGGUGUAUCACCAAGUAUUCCAGCAGGAGUAUAUGAACAUUUCAUUAAGUUCAUAGUAGUAGAAAGCAGCACAGGUGAAUAUUUGUACAAUAUCCUUUUAAGUGAACUCAAAGACCUGGGAUUGGACGUUGCAAAUAUCCGUGGGCAAGGCUAUGACAACGGUGCAAAUAUGAAGGGAAACAUAUCAGGUGUACAAGCACGACUUUUGAAAACAAACCCAAGAGCUUUUUUUACACCAUGUGCAUGUCACAACUAUAAUCUCAUUUUGGGAGACAUGGCCAAAACAUGUCCAGAUGCGAUGAGUUUCUUUGGAGCCUUGCAGUGUAUUUAUGCCCUUUUUUCUGCAUCUACUAAAAGAUGGACUAUUUUUAGAAAACAUGUUACUGGCCUUUCGGUAAAGCCUCUUUGCGAAACACGAUGGGAAUGUAGAAUGCAAAGUGUCAAAGCUCUGCGGUACCAAGCAGGGGAGUUUUAUGAUGCACUUGUAGAGGUAGAAGAAACAACUGAUGAUUCUCAAGCAAAACAUGAAGCUAAAUCGCUGGCUUUUCAAAUAAGGGAUUAUAAGUUUUUGGUUUCGCUAGUUUUCUGGCAUGAUUUACUUUUUCAAGUGAAUUUUGUGAGCAAAGAGCUGCAGAGUGAUACAAUGGAUAUUUCUGCAGGAAUUUCUUCAUUUGAAAAGCUUUGUAACUGGUUAAAAAUGUACAGAGAGAAGGGUUUUCAAGAAGUGUUAACUGGUGCCAAUGAACUUGCCAAAGAUCUAGAUGUGACUCCAGUAUUCCAGACUAAACGUUUGCACAAACGAAAAAAACAGUUUGAGUACGAGUCUGCAGACGAGCCUUUUUCUGAUCCAAAAGAAGCUUACAGAGUGCAGUGCUUCAAUCAAGUGUUAGACAAAGCUUUACAGUCACUUGAACCAAGGUUUGAACAGUUACAAAAGCAUGAGAGUUUAUUUGGAUUUUUAUGCAAAUUCAAAAAUCUUCCCAAGGACACCAUACGAAAAGCUGCUGCAGAUCUGGAACUUGCAUUGACAGAUGUGAAACUAGUGCAGGAAAACGAACAAGUUUCAACUGUAAAAUCAGUUGACAUAAAUGGCUACAUGCUUUGUGAAGAACUGGAAGCAUUAAAGCCAAUUAUUUCAUCUGAUUGUACAAACCCCCUAAAAAUCCUUCAAUUUCUUACAUAUAAUAACCGAUCAACAGGAUUCCCAAAUUUAUUUAUAGCAAUUCGAAUCUUCCUGACUAUUCCAGUAACUGUAGCCUCAGGAGAGAGGAGUUUCUCGAAGCUAAAUCUAAUUAAAACAUAUCUGCGAUCAACAAUGCAGGAAGACCGAUUAAACAAUUUGGCAAUCAUGUCAAUUGAAUGCGAAGUAAUGAAGAGCUUAGAGUUAGGCAAUUUACUGAAAGAUUUUGUCAGACAAAAAGCGAGGAAGAUAAAGUUUUAAAAACAUAGGUGAGGUGUACGAUAAAUAUUGAUAUUUAUAAUAUAUGAUGUAAUGUAUGUAAUAUAUAAUUUUGUUAUUAUGUAUAUAGUCAUGGAAAGUAAAUAAUACAUG